CCGCAUCACGUUGCAGCUUGGACGCGCCUGUCAUCUGGAGGAAACUCCUCCCCACAGACAGCGCGUCCUGUCGCCUUUCCAGCGCAAUGGUCUCCUGGAUCAUCUCUAGACUUGUGGUACUUGUGUUUGGUACACUAUAUCCCGCCUACUCAUCUUACAAAGCUGUGAAGUCGAAAGAUGUGAGAGAAUAUGUGAAAUGGAUGAUGUACUGGAUAAUAUUCGCUCUAUUCACGACUGUGGAGGUAUUUACAGAUAUGUUUAUUUGUUGGCUUCCUUUCUACUAUGAGCUGAAGAUAGCCUUCGUGGUGUGGUUACUGUCCCCUUACACUAAAGGCUCCAGCGUGCUCUACAGGAAGUUUGUUCAUCCCACGCUUUCCUCAAAAGAAAAGGAUAUUGAUGACUACAUCUGCCAAGCAAAGGACAAAAGCUAUGACACGCUGGUGCAUUUUGGGAGAAAAGGGCUGAACGUUGCAGCCACAGCUGCAGUCAUGGCUGCAACAAAGAGUCAAGGAGUCCUGUCUGACAGACUGAGGAGUUUCAGCAUGCAGGAUCUGUCUUCCUACCAGUCUGACCCUGUCAAUACCGACUCUGGCACCACACAACCGGCACAAGCACAGCACCGGACCAGACCUCUGACACGCAGCAAGACAGAGGGCUACAACAAGGGACAGGAUUUUGACAUGACUGAGUUUGAGGUGUUGGGGUUAGACCUUCACUUGGAGACCAAGGAGUUGCUGUCCAAGACCAUUACACCCUCUGAGUCCCAGACCGAGACCGAGUCCGAGUCCACAACCCUCACUCCCCCACUGACUCCCCAGUUCUCCCUGUCCUCCACACCCUCUCCACCUGCCACUCCUCCACCUCAGGAGGAACCCGAGGAAGUAGGGAAAGGGGAGCAGGCAACAUCGAGCUCUCAGCAGCUCAGGCUGAUUAAGAGGAAGGCUCCUGAGCCACCUCGUAGGGUCUUAAGGCCUCUCACAAGAUCCAGGAGUGCUCUUUCUUCAAACAAUGAAGCCAUGUGAAACUGUCCUCAAGACUACUCCAGCUGCCUUUGCUGCAAGAAGUAAAAAAUACUGAAUGGCCAAAAGCUACAUGACUGAAGCAGCCUUGCUUUGGAAUAAGGUAUUACCAAAGUGACCUAUGAUGACCCCUCUAUACAUAUAUAGCUAGUGGCUCAUAAUUUAAAAAAUUAGGUUUGUGACACUGAAAUAGAGAAAUGAGUGAAUGGGCUCCAUGCUGGUAGAACAUUUUGAGUUUAUAAUUGAAUAUGUAUUUAUGUACAGUGUGUGUUUCAUCUUUCUGAUUUGAUUGUUUUUAUAUAUCAGGUUUGGGUAGGCAAUCGCAUGCGUGUCUUCCCAGUCAUUAGUCUGCUGUUAAUUACACAGAAUGUAUUGUCACUGAAUACUCCAGCUGGCAUUGAGAGUGACAUGGUCACUGAUUUGAGAAUGUGUUAACGAGCCAAGGAUCAAAAGAAAAGGCAUGGCUGUUUUCACCCUUUUUCAAUCUGUUCUGGAGAAACACCUGUGAGCAGAUGAAUUCUUCUAAUCACACCAAUUACCUGAGAAUUUACCCCAAAAAAUCACCCUACCAUGUAGUAAUGAGAUGGCAGACAGAAGUGGCAGAAAUAUUCUGUUAUUUACCUCUUUAUUAAAGCCUUAACGUAAGAGAUAGCAGACAUAUGAAAAUGUCUCUGUCUCACAUGGCGCUAAAUAUUUCUAACACUAUGUUCUCAUUAAACAAUCAUUUUGCACUAAGAAUAACUUCACUAAUAAUUACUGCCCUCAGUACUCUGAAAUGGCCAAAAAAAACCAAA